AUGGCGAAACAAGACGUGAGCCGGCGCGGGAAAAAUUUUUCAAAGCCCGAAGAUCGGCAAAUUUGCGUGUCCUGGGUGUACACCACCCAGGAUCCUGUAAAAGGAACCGACCAGAACGUGACAUCGUUUUGGGCAGCCGUUUUCAAACACGCAACUGCAGGAACGCCUUCAUUAUCGUCAAGGACGCCAGAAGCACUCCGACAGCGCUUCGGGGCCAUCAGCAGGAGCGUCAUGAAAUUCUCGGGCUGCAAUAAGUCCGUUCAAAGGCUGAAUAAAAGCGGUACUUCGUCCACGGACAAGUUCGACAUGGCCCUCGAACUAUACAAAGCCGACCACAAGGAGGACUUCAAGUACCUUGACUGCUACGAAGUUUUAAAGCAAUGCCCGAAGUUCAACAUGAGCCAGCCGUCACCGAAAACUCCCAAACCGUCCGACGAGGAUAAUAAUCCAGGUACAUUAGAUUUGAUUUGCCCUAUACAUCUAUAG